GGAGUGGCACUUUUUAAAAGUGCAGUCCUGAGGCCAACCCGCAGCCGCCAGCACCUCGGUCCGAAGACUGGUCCCGCCCGUCCCGGCCUCAAGCGCCCCCGUCCCACACCAGUCCGGCCCAGGCCAGUCUAGCGUGCACCAUGCCGGUCAAAGGAGGCACCAAGUGCAUCAAAUAUCUGCUGUUCGGAUUUAACUUCAUCUUCUGGCUUGCCGGGAUCGCGGUCCUUGCCAUCGGACUAUGGCUCCGAUUCGACUCGCAGACCAAGAGCAUCUUCGAGCAAGAGAAUAAUAAUAACUCCAGCUUCUACACAGGAGUUUACAUUCUGAUUGGAGCCGGCGCCCUCAUGAUGCUGGUGGGUUUCCUGGGCUGCUGUGGGGCUGUGCAGGAGUCCCAGUGCAUGCUGGGAUUGGCAACUAAAUGCCAGGACUUUGUUUUUCCCUUUGUCGAGGACCACGUUUGCUUUUUUUCCCUGAAUCCACAGUUCUUUGGCUUCCUCUUGGUGAUAUUUGCCAUUGAAAUUGCUGCGGCCAUCUGGGGAUACUCCCACAAGGAUGAGGUGAUCAAGGAAGUCCAGGAAUUUUACAGGGACACCUACAACAAGCUGAAAAACAAGGACGAGCCCCAGCGGGAGACGCUGAAAGCCAUCCACUACGCGUUGGACUGCUGUGGUUUGGCUGGGGGAGUAGAACAAUUUAUCUCAGACAUCUGCCCCAAAAAGGACAUACUCGACAACCUCACGACGAAGUCCUGCCCUGAGGCCAUCGAAGAGGUCUUCCAAAACAAAUUCCACAUCAUCGGCGCCGUGGGCAUCGGGAUUGCCGUGGUGAUGAUAUUCGGCAUGAUCUUCAGCAUGAUCCUGUGCUGCGCCAUCCGCAGGAACCGAGAGAUGGUCUAGAGGCAGCGCUGCAGCCGCAAGCAGGAAAGGUCACCCCUGAAGACUGUUGGUUAUUUUCUCGGGGUUCCGUGUUGUUUUGUGUGUGUGGUUUUUUCUUUUGUUUUUCUUUGCCACUAACUUUAGUAUUCGUUCUGCAUUUCUAAACAAAAAAGUUAUUCUACGUUUGUGUUUUUAAUGCUUUAUUCAAUAUUGAUAUUUGUAGUUAAGGGAUUUGGGUUUGCUCUGGUUUAUAUUUUUUUGGUCAUUUGUUUUUGCUUAUUAUGUUAAGCAGAAAUCCUGCAUUGAAAGGUACUAUAUUUGCUAGGCUCUAGGCAAAAGAUAUUGUAUAUAAAGAGAUUUUUGUGUGUGUCUUUAAAUAGAUAAAAAAUGUCUAUCAAGUUUAAUCAGGUUGUAACUUAUGUUAAAGACAAUUUGAUACAUAAUAAAAGAUGAUGACAACA